AUCGCCAUUGAACCACGCGUGCACGUGUAUAGUGCUCAUUUUCAUACAAAUAUUCAUAACCCUAAAUAACAGGAGUUCCAUUAGCCUGGGAGUAGAGACUUGUUCAAUUAGUGUAUUGAGUGCGGCACAACUUGGGAUCGGUGUAUACCAAGAUUUCCACAUGGUUCUUACAGAUCUCAGUAUGUUUGGUCAACAUCAGCUUCAGGGGAUACGCUGUUCUGAGCAACCGUCCCCUCCUUUGGACUACUCUGGCCAUCAGGCACAUGACGUCAUUGCUAACAUUAAACAAGAGUGCCAGGAAAAUUAUUCAAAAUCUCGUAAAAACAAAAGGAAACGAUCAGAAGACAGUCAUAAUGUGAGUGUGGAUGUGCGCAAACCAUUCGAACUUUACAACGAUUUGGAAUCCAUGUCGUCAUCGUCGUUGUCAUCGUCAGCAUCUCUUUCUCCGGGAUCAGACUGUUCGACGGAUAUUCAUUGUAGUAAAAAGGCGAGAAAAUCGACGUCGUCUAAAUCUUCACCACAAAGUGUAGCUGACAUUCAAACUCAACGAGUGAUGGCGAAUGUUAGAGAGCGACAGAGAACACAGUCACUUAACGAGGGGUUCUCUAGUCUGAGAAAAAUCAUACCCACGUUACCUUCGGACAAAUUAAGUAAGAUUCAGACUCUGAAACUCGCUACUCGUUACAUUGACUUCCUGUACCAGGUUUUGAGAACAGACGACGCAAGUGACAACUCAAACAAGAUGGCGGCGUCGUGUAAUUACGUCACCGACGACCGCCUUAGUUACGCGUUCUCUGCAUGGCGGAUGGAGGGAGCCUGGUCCAUGCCAACACACUGACCCGAACUUCAUGGAACCUUUCUGUGAUUCACAUACGCACGGCGCCCUUGUCAUGUUUCUCAGCAGUUGGUGCAAGAUGGCGACCGGAAGGAAUACAGCGCCCUCUGUGAUGACAUUCACCAGAUGUCGGAAGCACAAGAUGGACAAUUCGCUGUAAACGACAACCAUUCCAUAAACUUUAUCAGGGUUAACGACUCACCUUAGCAGCGAAUUGAACUAGUCACUUUGUGUGUGCUGCCUUGACCUCUGAUCAGGGACCUUGAACUUUGGUCACUGUAUGUUUUAGAUUGAUGUACAAGUGAUCAGUAGAAGGCAAUCAAUGGUUCUGUUUAUGAAAACGUGGAUGAAAUAUGGACACAAUUAGGUGGCAACAUCAAGAAAAUCAAAAGAUGUGAUUGGUCAAUAUUUGACAUUUUAUCCAAUUAUCCCUAAAGUGUACUUAAUGAAUUUGUGUUUAUUUUUUCAGGAUAUUUUGGUACGUACAUUUGACCUGUUCAAUUAUGACCUAUGUUUUGUCUUAAAAAGAGGUUUUAAAAGCGAAUUUAUUAAAAUAUGUCAUGAAAGAAA